AGGCGGGACUUACAGCAACGCCGCGUUCAAGUCUUCCAGCAGGAGAAUUGUUUAUUUGUGUUUUUCGGUGAUAUUUGUCGCGAUUGUAGGUUUUAAUAAGCUGGGGAGGGUGGAGUGGUGUGUGUGAGUUACACCAGGUCAAUGUCAGUGACGGGUUUGGUCUAAGUUUAGCUCGUGGAUUACAAAAAAAUAAGUAAAAAAAAUAAAAAAAACACAGAAUGGCACAGUGGGAGCGUCUGAAGCAGCUCGACUCUGCGUGUUUGCAAAGGGUAGAUGAUCUGUACCACACUGAUGCUCUGCCCAUGGCUGUGAGAGAAUAUCUCGCUCAUUGGAUAGAGGAUCAGGACUGGGAAGGGGCUUCGAGAGACACAUCCCGGGCCGUGGUCCUGUUCCAGAUCUUGCUUGAAAACCUGGAUAAUCAAUACAGCAGAUUUGUGCAGGAAAAUAAUUUCCUUAUGCAUCGUAAUUUUCGUCACUUUAAACAAACAUUUCAGCAGAGGUACCAGGAAGACCCAUGCAGCUUGGCUGAAACCAUAAACUGGUUCCUGGUUAAAGAGCGAGAGAUUGUGGAGGCUGCGGAGCUGGCUCAGGAAGUGCAGAUGUUACAGGUUCAGCAAAGCUCCAUGGAGUCAGAAACUCAGAGACACUUGGAGAAGAACAUCCUAAAUUUUAAAAACAAAGUCCAGGCAAUGGAGCACUCACUGAGGUGUUUGGAGGAGCAGCAGGACGAGUUUGACUUUAAAUAUCAGACGCACCGGAUGGACGGAACGACAGAUGAAGAAGAGAAAAAAGAGCAGAUAAAAGUGCUUAAACUGAUGCUCAACAGACUCAACGCUGCCAGAAAGUCGUUCCUCUCGGGGGCAACGUCUCUGCUGGAGACUGCAGAUCAACUCCAGGUCGUCCUUCUGGAGGAACUGGAUGAGUGGAAGCGCAGGCAGCAGGUCUCCUGCAUUGGGGCUCCGGAAGACACCAACCUGGAACCGCUGGAAAAGUGGUUCACAGCGGUCGGGGACGGGAUGUUCCAACUGCGAAAGUUCCUGCAGAAACUGGAGGAGCUUCACGGCAAGUUGAGUUAUGAUGAAGAUCCCAUCAAAACCCAGAAACCUGGCCUACAGGAAGGAGUGGAUAGACUGCUAACUACUCUGCUGAAGAGCGCGUUCGUGGUGGAGACACAGCCCUCCAUGCCGCUGGGCCGAGGUUCUCUGGUCCUGCGCACAAAUGUCCAGUUCUCCGUCAAGACCAGGUUCCUCUUUAAGGUUGCUGAACUUAACCAUGCCAUGAAGGUGGUCGUGUCCGUUGAUGCGGAUGGCCCAAAUGUGAAGGGCUUCCGCAAGUUUAACGUUCUGGGGACACUAAGUAAAGCCUUAAACAUGUCUGAGAGCAUGAACGGAGGAAUGGUGGCAGAUUUUAGACAUUUGACCUUAAAAGAGCGGAAGGUUGGAGCAGGAGGGAAGGGCAAUAAUGAUCUGUCUCUGAGCGUGACCGAGGAGCUCCACACCAUUCACUUUGAGACUCAGUUCAGCCUUCAUGGCCUGACUGUCAGCCUGGAGGCGUGCUCUUUGCCUGUCGUAGUAAUCUCCAACUCCAGCCAGCAGCAGAGUGCCUGGGCCUCUGUCCUGUGGUUCAACAUGCUCUCUACCGACCCCAAGAACCUGGUGUUCUUUGCGAGCUCCCCUGUUGCCACCUGGUCCCAGCUGGGGCAGAUGCUGAGCUGGCAGUUCCAGUUGUGUGCUCAACGAGGCCUGGACGCAGACCAGCUUAAGACUCUUGCGCAGAAGUUUUUUGAAAAACAAGACAGUUAUGAUAACUGUAAAAUAUCCUGGACCAGAUUUAGCAAGGAGAACAUUCCUGGGCAGAACUUCACACUGUGGGUUUGGCUGGAUGGAAUUUUGAACCUUGUGAAGUCUCACCUCGCUAAUUUGUGGGAGGAUGGGUCCAUCAUGGGUUUUGUAAGUAAAGGGACAGAGAAGGGUCUGUUGAAAAAGAAACAGGGUGGAACAUUCCUCCUGCGCUUUAGCGAAAGCAUCAGAGAUGGAGGAAUCACGUUCAGCUGGGUAGAGUACUCAAAUAAAGGUGAACCCAAUGUGAGGACGGUGCAGCCCUUCACCGGUGUGGACCUCAAGCAGAUUCCCUUCCCUGAGAUCCUGCGCAACUUUCAGAUUAUUGAGGCGGAGAACGUGCCCGUGUACCCGCUGCUGUUCCUCUACCCCAACACCCCUAAAGACGAGGCGUUCGGCAAGUACUACAACGAGAAGACUGGAGCGGAAAGCCCUUACAUUAAAUACAUUAAAACCAAGCUGGUCUUCGUUUCAAAAGAGAACGGGUGUACGAGCGCGCCGGAAGGCCCAGCGCCUGAUCUGUGUGCUCAGCACAACGACCCUGUCUCACCUCCUGACAUAAGCAAUGACGUCAUGCUGCAAGGGCCGGAGAACUCCCCGAUGCUCUCGGGCUACAGCGACAGUCCCGCUCCACCCAACAGCGUUCCUGAAAGUUGUCUCGAUGACAGCCCUGCAGAUCUCUUCAUUACAGCUCCUUUCGAAGAGGUUUCCCUGAAGGGUCCUCGCCCCGGUGACGGAGGUUUCCUGGAGUUUCUCUCGGAGGCGUUUUCUCCAGACAGCUCUACUUGUCUAACGACGCUGCAGGAAUUUCUAAACGACCCGAACCUCCUGGAUGGAGUGAACAGUCCCAUGUAGAAGAAGAAAAAAAUCCUUCGACCCUGAUCAUGUGAUCAUGUUAUUUUCUUCAAAAUAUAACCCUCUAUGAUUUAUGGUACUUUUAACUUUCUUAUGCUCUCCUGUUGUACUAGGACGCUACGCUGUGCUAUGUUACGGCUAAACCACUGCUAAACAUUUUGAUGUUUUUCAUACAGUGCAGUUCAGAGGGGGGAAAUAAACUAAUUAUGUUAUUUGUCUUUGAGAACUGAAGAACGAUGCCUCUGUGUUUAAUGAGUCGGUGGGAGGGGGGCUAAAACUAUUGCAGCACGUUGAGGACGUACAGUCAUCCAGCUGCUUGUUUUGUGCACUUUUAAAAACGGUCAUAUCCUCAAACAGGGUCGCCAGUUUUCAGCAAAGUCAGCAUAAAACGAUCCAAUCCAAACUCCACCAUUAUCCUGCUUCUGUUAAAAUGAAAUAUAUAUAUAUAUAUA